GCAACUGGGGGGGGAAAAGGGGAAUAAAGUGAGCAGCAUAGACAGGAUGAGACCACAGAUGUGGUUUCGGCAGUGCUUUCUACCGAUAACGAUGGUGCAUCAGGUGGUUGAAGGUGAACACAGGAUUUUCCAUCCUUCUGUGUAUUAUUAUUAUUAUAUUUUUAAGGACAAAUUCAAGGGGCAGGGGUCAGGUGUGGUUCGGGGAAGGGACAGGACGAUCCGGCAGCCCUCUGCAGUCUCGGUGAGACCGUGCCGCCUCGAAACCCCAGCGCUUGAAAUCCCAGAGCCAACACCCACCGACUGACGCGGUGUUUAACAGCGCCGAGCGCGCGGCUCCCGCUGUAAUUGAAAUGCCAGCCCUCGGGGAGGUCACCCGGCUCCAUUCAUCCGGCGUCGGCUGCAGACUGGUUUUUGCUGGCUCUUUGGCACCGGCCGGGGCGGGUUUCAGCCAGAGAAAAGUGCCUGAUGUGGUUACUGGGGCUGUAAAACACAAGGGGAACGACUGUUUCUCAGCUGGGCUUUGCGUUGUUCAUCGGUGGCGGCUGAUGGGAAAACCACAACUGGGGAAUUGCUUGUGACCUCUUGCCGGGACGGUUCGGGGGUUGAUGUGAGGAGCAGGGCUCAGCCGUGGUGGUUUCGGUGGUGGUUUCACCGUUGGGUCUCACUUUCCAAAUGCGGAUGUACCAGGAGAUUAUUUUUAAAGCCCGCGUUGCUGAGGUCUAGGAAGACAACCAUCUCUUGAGUUGGCUGGACUUGGCGUGGAAGAGCUUUGCUCCUCGGUGAGAUGUCCACCAAGGUGCCGAUCUACCUGAAGAGGGGCAGCAGGAAGGGGAAGAAGGAGAAGCUCCGCGACAUCCUCUCCUCCGACAUGAUCAGCCCGCCCUUGGGGGACUUCAGGCACACGAUUCACAUCGGCAGCGGCGGGGAGAGCGACAUGUUUGGGGACAUCUCCUUCCUUCAGGGCAAGUUUCAUCUCCUCCCCAGGACCGAAGGCAGCUUCGACUCUGACAAGGACAGCCCCGACACGGCGCCGUUCGAAUUCUCCAGGACGGCCACCAUUUCCGGAUGCGAGCAGCCGUCCUUGGAGACUUCAUCUCCCCUCCUCAAAAACGCCAUCUCCUUGCCCGUCAUCGGGGGGCCGCAGGCCUUGACGCUGCCCUCGGCGCAAGCCCCACCAAAACCGCCGCGGUUACACCUCGAUGACAAAGCUCCGUCGGCGCGAAGCUGGGAAGGUGGGGAGGAGAACGGCGAGGGCAGAAACGCCGCCCCGCUGCCGCAUCCCUGCGCCUCGCGUUUUGCCGCCCCGACGAACGGCUUUGCCGAGGAGAAGGGCAACGCCGAGCCGUCCUUCCUCUCCCAUGCCGGCUCCCUCCUUUCCCUCCACGUGGAUUUGGGGCCGUCCAUUUUGGAGGAUGUCCUGCAAGUGAUGGAGAAACACCAAGCAGAGAGAGUGGGUGGAUCUAUACAGGAUUCUGGCAGGCAGGAAAUCUUGACGUGAAGACGACUCAAGAGCCCGUCGUGCAAACGGGAUGUGAGCGUUUAUCCUCGGCGCCGCUCCCCGCAGACCUCCGGCUAUUCCCUCAGCACGGGGAGAAAAAAAAAACCAACACCCUACGAAGCCAAGACGAAACAGGCAGUGCUCGCUGCCGGAUUAAAUCGCCGCUUGCCUGUAUCAACUUCACCUUUAGCAACGGAUCGAACCGUAGGACUGCGCCGACCGGUAGAAAAUAAGACACCGCGCCGUUAUAAAUGUUUGUUGUACUGGACGGGAUGAAACAGCGACGGUUGAAUUCCCAAAUGUCUCGUUCGGGAGGAUUUUUGGGGGUUUGGGUUUUUUUUUUUUCGUUUUUUUGGGGUUGUUUUUUUUUUUUUUUUGCUUGAAGAGGGGCUGCGGUUUGCACUCAGUCGAGGCGAGGGUGUGACACUCACUGUCUGCCAACCACCUGACUCAUCAAGGUGAUGUCAAAUGUCAGCCUUCGACUUAAUUUUCUUUUAAGAUCCCACAAACUGGUAAAUCUAGCGGUUACGUGGCAAAAGGUUCCAUCGGGCUUUAACGUUGCACCACCUCUAAGGAGAAGCUAAAAGCUCUCUGCGGAGAAGCUAAAAAACCCCUCUCGGGCUGUAUUUUAGCAACUCAAUCCAUGGCUGGAGCUUGGGGUUGGAAUUUAAAGUCAUAAAUAAUAUGAAAAAAACAACAACAGCAAAAAAAAAAAAAAAAGCUAAGUGAAGGGUGAGUGACCACCCGGCCAGAUUCCUGCAUGAUGGGGUGAAAUUCAUUCUCCCGAAAGACGCCGUCUCCAUCAAUUGCAGAUUGUUUGGAUGGACAGAGAAACGAGGGGGUGAAACGCUUCGGCAUGCAGAAAGGAAUGCGAAUCCCUUCUGCUUUUUAAAAAAUAAUAAUUAAAAAAAAAAAAAAAAAUCACUGGAAAUGCCAGUUCUGCUGACGUUGGGGCGAAAGACCUUACCGCCCAGCUGCGAGGGCUUUCAUUCUCUUUCCCAGUCUCUGAAUCGAGGACAAGAGAAGCCUGUUGGACUCAGUAACGGUGUAAAAGCAAGCGAGACCUCGUUUCCUAGAGGCUGUCAUUAAUUAACUGCAUCAUUUUUAACUGUUUCUGGUAAUUUUACCCACAAUGAGACUGGGAGUCCCCCCUAGUAAGGAAUUAAGGCACCUCUUGAAGAGCACACUGACUGUUUGCUGGCUUGCUGGAGCCUGACUGUGUAUUUCUUUACAUCGAUUGCUGUUUCUUACAGGUAUCGUUAAAUAACGAGUCAUUAGAUUAAUGAGCUCGUAGCUCAUCACCACA